CCUCGACCUCUUUCUCAGUUUUCCUGCUUACAUUUGGUCUUUAUUUACACUCCAGAACGAGCAUGCUCACCAUCAACGAAACACUCUCGAAUAUGACAACAACAGCCAUUCUAAUGAAAGGUGGCCAAUUCGUUCCCAUUCUGCAAAAACUUGCAGUUUCUCGGGAAGACUUCCACCGAGUUUCGCUCCGCUUGCUUGAAGCAGUCCAUCCAGGAGAUGUUUUGUUUCUCUCCAUUCUUGGUUGGGCUGCUGUACCACUUUUUGCUCUCUUUUUCCGUUGGAUUGGCAACCACAAACUUACCUUUCACGAGUCCUAUCUAUAUCAGUUUGCUGAUCACAUAAGCCAGGCCGCGAAGAUUGCGCUUUUGGUGUACAUCGCAAAUUGCUGCAUCGUAAUUCUCAACUCGCUUGGCUUUAUCUUUAGCCAUGUCACAGAACUAUCACAGGGCAUAACCAAGAUCCUGUACAUUGCUUGGGGUGCUCAGCGCCUUUCCGUUUUCAAGCGAUAUAUACUGGGACGCGCUGUUUCUCGCAAACCCGAUAAAUUAGGUCGAGCCUUCUUGGUAGAUCGCCUCGCCGACGGAAUCAUCUACGUUGUAACGGGUCUCUUUCUGCUGGACAUUUUAGAUGUACAAAUGGGAGUGGGUGUUUCCAGUAUCUUUGCCUUUGGCUCAGCCGGAACAUUAGUUGUGGGGUUGGCUUCGCGCGAUGUAGCGGCUAUGUUUGUUAGCGGUUUGACUCUUUCCACGUCCGAUCGUAUCCAAGAAGGCGACAAUAUUCGAUUUGGUGACGGGACCAGCGGACGCAUCGAGUCAAUUGGUUGGAUGCAGACUACAAUUCGUGGCUACGAUGAGCUCAUUGAGGUUGUUCCUAACUCGGAACUAGGCAUGCAACGUGUCAAAAAUAUUUCUCGAGUAACAAAAUGUCAAGUCAAACAAACUCUUCGCAUCCGCUAUGAAGAUGUGGACAAGAUACCGCAACUAGAAGAGGAUAUUUUGGCGGAAAUUAAGGAAGCGUGCCCCGAAGCUAUUACGGAUGGAUCUCGACCGUUUCGAGCGUUGUGGGCUGAUUACAAAGACGACCACCUUGCCCUGAUGGUUGACACCCACUACGAGAUCCCGCCAAUUGGACAGAAAUAUUGGGAAAAUCGACAACGAGUCAUGCAGGCAAUUCAACGCGCAGUGAAGAAAAACGACGUUCAGUUUGUAACGUCUGUCAAGCUCAAGUGUAUCUCCUAA